GCAGUCCUCGGUCAAUGAAUACAAAUCGGUUUCUGGGCUGUAGAUCGUGCGGCGGCGCUCCCGAUCCCCGAUCCGAUCGGGAGCAGGACGACGGCGGCAGAGCUCCGGGAGGCGGGGAACGACGGGGAAGUGGCGGAGGUCGGGAUCUAUCCCGGCGGUUCAUAGUGGAGGCCGGCCGCGGCGGCGCUCCUGAUCCCCGAUCCGAUCGGUAGCAGGAUGACGACGGCAGAGUUCCGGGAGGCGGGGAAGUGGCGGAGGUGGGGAUGCAUCCCGGUCGUUCGUAGUGGAGGCCAGCGGCAGCGGCGCCCCAUGGCAUGGCGACUCGGUCUUCUGGGAAGAAGAUACGAGGGAGGGAGACGAGGUGAGAUGGAGAGAAGAGAAGGGAGAAUAGGGACUACGCGGCUACUUGCUGCUGGUCCGACGGCGGCUCCAGUCAUCGGAUCAGGCCAACUCUUGAUGGAUUUCCAAUGUGUUGCUGGCCUCCCAAUUUUUUCCGUCGUGCAGCCGCUCCCCGUCUCCCUGGAUUGUCCCAAGCUGGUCCGGCCGUGUGCUGCCCUGACAGCCGAGCGUGUGCUAUCCACGGAACACGGCUCCUCCACCCAGGACCUCCUCCGCAACGCCGGCGAGGACACUACUUCGUCCGAACCGAUCAUCACGACCACGCGCAGUUACCAGGACUUUGUGUUCUUUGUACAAAACAGUCAAGACCUCGAUCACUUAUUUGUAGAGCACAAGCGAAGACAUCUGCUAGAUAAAUGUCUUCCCAAGCUAAAGGCUCAUGGCUCCGAAGUACUAAUAUUCUCUGAGGUACUGAUUCUCUCUGUUACUCAUGCACCUAGCUUGGUUGCUUCAGAAAGCAUCAUGACUAUGAUAAAAAUAUGAUAGCAAUCAUGAGUUACAGAAAUUCUGCUUCUGAGGUGAUUUUGUGCCCAUGCUCACAUUCUAUCUUGAGUUUUGUGACCCAUAUUAUACGGUUAUCUUCUUUGUCUAUUCAUGAUUGUGUGGAGCUUGCAAGAUUAAUUCACGCUGGCUUCUUAGCUUUUCAUUUUUCAUAUUUGCCACAAGCCUGCUUUCAUCUCUCCCUUCCCAUUAUAUAGUGAAUAUGUAAUCUUAAAUCAUGACCAGAAAAAAUGUGCAAGUUCUACAUGUUUACUUGCAUGCUAUUUUUUUUACAGGAGCACCAUAACAUGUGAAAAAUUCGAAGAGCUUUGUGAAGAUUUGUGGGAGCAGCUCUGACUACAAUUAAGGAAGUCCCACGCAGCGGGCAUGAAGAUUGGUCACAUAUAUAUGUAUAGUAGAGCUGAUUGAGGACUUACACGGCACCCAAACUGCAGGUGAUUAUACUCUUCAUUGAAGACUUAUACUUUGAGGGGCUGUAAUGGUAAUGCAGGAAUGUUGCAUCGUUCAUAUCUACCAUCGACCAUCAUUACUUACUUUUGUUGUUCUUCUUGCUAUUGGCUGGUAGCUUUUAGUAGCAAUUUGGAUAAUUUUGUGCAUAAUAUUCUGUCUGAUUUUGGGGCAAGAAAGGUCGGGGAUUCUGCUGUGGGUGGAUCAUGGCCUCCAGAACAAUGCACACUAUAUAGUAGCCUGAGCAAGUUGUGGGCGGUGCCUUCAUAUGGUUGUUAAAUUGCUGCUCUUUUUCUAUAUGGAUUAAUGCGAAGCACCUCAAAUUUCUCUUUGAAGAAUAUAUGUUUCUUUUUGUUCGAUUUGAGUUCUUGCUCUCCCAGUUCAGAACAUUUAGGACGUGAUUUUGGAGAAACUUCGAGAGUAGGAAUAAGUCACCCGUCGUAUUCAACUUUGUAAUUAAAAUGAUUUAGAGUAGGAACCAGAGCUGAGAUUGUUACUUUUUAUGUAAUAAAACGGGUGCUAUAUCAAAUGAUUUUUUUCACAUAGGUGGGGAUUCAACUCUGUCGCUAGAAAAUGGCUAGAGCGUACUUGAAUUGUUGAAAACGUGGAUCAGGUCCUAUAGUAGCUAUCUUUGAUUUACAACCAGAGUUCACUUAUAAUUAUAGGAUGAAACUUUAUAUUAUUUUGCCAUCUUAUUUCGUUUGUAAAAGUAGCUGCAACAACUAGCAGUUUGAAUUGAUGCAUGCAUGCAUAAUAUAGACAACUAAUUAAUUAGCUUUUCAAUAUUAUCUGUCACUCCACUAUUUAUCUGUUUCUUCAGUGUACAUGCAUGAUAUUACAUGAUUAAACAUACCAUUUUUGAACUUCAUUUAGUUGUCUAUAUUAUGCUCUAUGUGCUAUUACCAACAAAAAAAGUGUUACCUCUGUACCACGCCUACCAAGCGUCUUAUAUUUUGGUAUGGAGGUAGUAUUUUUAGCCUGCAAAGCGACUCCUAUGCCCAGUGUGGCAAUAAUGUGUCUGCACCAGUGAAGAGAGAACUUGUUUUUUACAUUGUAAGAAACACGUUUUGUUUCUUCCCCAUCAUUUAAGUGUGUGCCAUGUUACUUUUGUUCAUGUUGCUGAAUGUACAUUUUCAGUAUUCUCAGUAUAUAUCUGAUUAUGAUGAUGUUCCAUACUGUUCUGGAGCCGACAACUUUUUGGACUGCUCGAUGUUUAUAACCAAUGAGACUACUUUUUUGGUUGUUGGCUGGAGCUAUCACUAUGACUGAAAUUUUCUUUUCACCCAAGUAAAUUUAUAUGGUCAUCAAAAACCAACGACAGGUCAACACUUGUCAGCAGUUUGCAAUUUGUAUUACAAUAUGCCUAAGCCAAUGGUCAGAUAAUGUUGUUUUUGUUAGGAAAUGUAGAAAACGUGGUCAUGAUUUAUGUAGAUUGGACAGUCCCUUCAAACUGCAGUCUUCGAUCUUGAGUGGACAGUCUAACUAUAUGUUUCCUAGAAAAUUGACUAUAGGUUCCAUGAAUUGACUGAUUAUUUUGGCCUGAUCAGAUUAUACUAGGUCUUGAUUUGAAGGUCCAGUUAAGGCAGCUGGUGCUGGUUUAUUUGUUGUAACACUAACUAUGUUAUUUAGACAACGACAUGUGGUCUUUCUCAUUCCUCGACAUUUUCCUUUGCUACCAAGAUUUUUCAUUCUAGGUUGUGGAAAAACGGAUGUAGCAUUCCUUCUACAAGUUGUCAUGAGCUGGGACAUAGAAGAAGAGAGCCGACAAGAAGUCGCACAUCGGUUCGCUCCGGUGUCGCUGCCAAUGGUGCUGCGCAAAGUGCGGAUUGCAGGCUCGAUGCGUAUGAGUCCGUCCCUACGUCCAUGACGUGGAAGCAAAGGAAAUCGAUACAAUUAGAUAGUAUAUUUGGUUAUGAAAGUUGUCUUUUGUGUGGCAGUUUUGCCAUUAUUUUGUAAAAGCUUUGAGUUUUUGUUAAUGUACUUGUCUUACUAAUCACACUUUUAACCAAUUCGUGCCAAGGCUAAUAGCCAAGUUCUGCACAAACUGCUCCUGUUUCCUUGA